AUAGCAAUCACCCUCUCCAUUUACACACCAUGGUCCGCAUCACACCCCUCGCUGCUGUCUCCCUCCUCUCCGCCAUCCCGCUUGUAGCUGGGGGACCAAUCUCCUAUGGACUCUGUCAGACUGGCUGCAAUACUGUGGCGGUGGCAUGUUACGCAGCUGCUGGCUUCCAGUUUGGGACCGUGGUUGCUGCUGCCGCCACGCCUGCAACGAUCCUGGCUUGCAACGCCGCGUUAGGAACAUGCUCCGCCACAUGUGCCACUCUUGUACUUUUUGCGCCGAUCCCUUGAUUUUUGCUGUCUAAAUUUUCUCAAGUCACUGUAGUUUUCGCUUUUUGAGGUUCCAUGUCGGUCCGGCCAUGUACGAGUACGAGUAAAUAGUCAAUGAAAUGAGCAUGCGUUUGUCACGCGAGCCUCUAC